CCGGGUCUACCAACAAAGUCAUCGUCUCCCGGGUUCUUCGACUUCCCCACUUGACUUCAACGCAGAAUAUGGGAAUCUUUCUCAGGGUCCUGCCCCUCUUCUAUGCCAUCCAAUUCGCCUCCUCUUUGAUGGGCGUCCAUGGGCGAUCACUCUUGAUCACAACGAAGCCCGACCCGGAUGCUGCUGCUGCCACUGCUCGUUGGCUGGUCUCUCAGAAUUCCUGGGGCGUCUUAAAUACCAUCUCAAGCGAACUGGGUGGCGCGCCCUUUGGGAAUGUGGUAUCGUUCAGUGAUGGACUCCCUGAGAAAGGCAGUGGCAUCCCGUACUUUUACUUGACAACUUUAGACCCAACAGCAAGAAACGCUCUGAAGGAUGAAAGAGCUUCAUUUACAGUCAGUGAGUACCCUCUUGGAACGUGUGGCAACAUAGAUCCAGAGAAUCCUACUUGUGCCAAAAUUACUCUAAUCGGAAAGCUGAAGUUAGUUGACAAGAAAUCCGAGGAAGCCAAAUUUGCUAGAAGUGCCUUGUUUUCCAAGCACUCAGAGAUGAAGGGCUGGCCCAAGGAUCACGACUUUGAAGCCUACAAAUUAGAAAUCGAAAGUAUAUUUCUAAUCGAUUGGUUUGGUGGUCCGAAACCUCUCACUGUGGCGGAAUACUUGCAUUCGAAAUUGAAUAGUAUCUCCGUCAGUCGAUGAGUGCUCUUCUCAUGGCGGUUCCUGUCGUUGGCAAUCGGUUAUUGUGCAUACGAUGAAUUUGGAGCAUUUGUAAAUAAGAUCUAUGCUCAGUGUAAAUGAUCACUAUUACACCCGUAUCUUAAUGCAUCGCAAGGGUAAAAUGGGGACAAGUCAUAUUGACAAUGUGUGCCCCGGCAACAUCCCAUAUUCUUUGCUCAUUAGUUAUUAGUUAGUGGGGUCAAAUGUUCAGUGUUUUUUCAAUUGCAGCAAUUGAAACGAAUAUUUCAUAAGUCAGUGAUUGGUUUUCGCUACCUGUCAAAUACUGAAAAUCUGGUCUGUAAUAGUAAUUCGUUCCAAUAUCU